UGUAAAAAAGUCAACAACAUCAUUAAUAAUUCUUUUUUUUUUUAAAGAAAAAACAAAAGCCAUGUUUUGAUAUAUGGGCUUAAAAAACCUUGUAAAAUAUCCCAGAGCAGAAUUUGUCUGGAAAUUCGUUAACUCAUCUCCUCAUCCAUCAUGAGGUGGCCGGCGCCGCCGCGGCCUACCACCAAAAACGCCGGCUUAGGCGUCGCAGCCAUUUCCUACAUAGCCAUCGACUACCUCCGCCAUGUCUCCCCGGCGUGGCACUCACGCCUUAUGCCCGUGCUCUGGAUCUUUCUCGCCCUCGCCGCCCUCGCUCGCGUCCCCUACUACCGCCAUUGGUCCGAGGAGUUUCGCUCGUUGAUUCCGUUCGUCGCGUCAAUAGUGUUCAUGCUUGCCGCUUUACUCUACGAGGCAAUUUCGGUUCGCUCCGUCACCGCCGUCCUCGGCCUCCAGUGGCACCGCAAUCAACCUCCUCUUCCAGAUUCUGGUCAAUGGAUUCUCCUGGCAUUGAAUGAGAAACUCCCUAGUGCAAUUGUUGCGUUACUAAGAGCUCCUAUUAUUGGAUUGCACCAUUACUUGAUGUUGUUUAUAAUGUUGGCUUUCUCUGUUCUAUGUGACUCUGUAAAGGCCCCAGGCUUUGGACUAGGUGCUAGAUACAUGUUUACCAUGGCAAUUGGCCGUCUUCUUCGUGCCAUCAGUUUUGCAUCUACAAUUUUCCCAUCACCGCGUCCCUGGUGUGCUGAUGGUCGGUUCAGAGUUCCAGCUCAUCCCCAUCCCUGGCUUCAGAAAUAUUAUAUUCCCUAUCAGUCAGAUCAUAUCGCUAUCCGCCAGGUGAUAAGGCUAGAUGAAGCUUAUGUUGACAUUGGAAAACCAGUUGAUGAAUACCGGCCAAAUUGGGGUGCAAUGAGCUUCCUGAUUGAUUUCCUACGACCCACUGCCUCUGAAGGACCAACAUGGUACAGUCUUUUAAAGAAAGCUGAAGGUGGCUGCAAUGACCUCAUAUACAGUGGCCACAUGCUUGUAGCCGUACUGACAGCCAUGGCUUGGACUGAAGCAUAUGGAGGGUACAGUUCAGCUCUUGUAUGGCUUCUUGUAGCGCAUAGUGCCCAAAGAGAAGUACGAGAACGGCAUCAUUACAGUGUGGACUGUGUUGUAGCCAUCUAUGUAGGGAUCCUCCUGUGGAAGAUGACAGGUUUUCUCUGGUCAAAUACAGUUACAUACAGCGACAGGAGGCUGGCCAAGCUUAAGAAGAUUGAAGGUAGACUAAUCCAAGCUUCAAAGGACUCAAACAUGGAUAAAGUGAGGGAGCUUCUCAAACAGCUCGAGUCGAGCGAUGAAGAGAGCACUUUUAGCAAGGGUAGGGCAAAUAAAUAUGGACGGUGGUUUCCUUUUGCCGUCAUUGGCUUUGCACUUGCCGUUGUCCUUCUGGCUUUCACAUUGACAAGCGAUGGUUUUUGAGCCAUUUAACUGCACUUAUGUACGUUAAUCGUCAUGAGGUUGACAGUGAGUCAAUGAGGGCUUCUUGUGCUGAUGAGUGUUGGGUUCCUAACAUUUUCACCACGGCCAAUUCUCAUCUUCUUGUAUCACUAUUGUAAGUUCUUCUGUAUGAAUAUAGAUCAGGAUGACCGAACUUAUCCCAAUUCAGUGGGAUUCAUCACUCUGUAUUUUGUUUUAGAUGGUGGCAAAGUUUUUUUCUGCAAGGAA